GUCAGUCGGAUCUCGCGAGAGAGGACGGAAGCCUGUGGGAGCCCGUGGCCUUUAAAGUGCGAUUCAGCCCUCUCCUCCGGGGCUAGUUUGUAAACACGGCCGGCCUCCGGGCUCGCGGGUGGCUGGCAGGACCAUGAAUUAGUGACCUGGAAAGAGAUACUAGAUGGCAACUUGGGAAGUAUUGCUUGCUUAGCAAGAGCUUAGGGAUAAUUCCUGUUAACAGUAAAACUCAUGGCCCACCAGCUACAAAGUGUCUUUGCCAUGAAACAGAGGACAUGAUAAACUGUUUACCUUAAUGAAAUUCAAGUUGCAUGUGAAUUCUGCCAGAUAAAACACGGACCUGUGGAAUAUGAGUGAUGACAAACCCUUUCUAUGCACUGCCCCUGGGUGUGGCCAGCGUUUUACCAACGAGGAUCAUUUGGCUGUCCAUAAACAUAAACAUGAGAUGACACUGAAAUUUGGUCCAGCACGUAAUGACAGUGUCAUUGUGGCUGAUCAGACUCCAACGCCAACAAGAUUCCUAAAAAACUGUGAAGAAGUGGGUUUGUUCAAUGAGUUGGCAAGUCCAUUUGAAAAUGAAUUCAAGAAGGCUUCCGAAGAUGACAUUAAAAAAAUGCCUCUAGAUUUGUCCCCUCUUGCAACACCCAUCAUAAGAAGCAAAAUUGAGGAGCCUUCUGUUGUAGAAACAACUCACCAGGACAGCCCUUUACCUCACCCCGAGUCGACUACCAGUGAUGAAAAGGAAGUACCAUUGGCACAAACUGCACAGCCCACAUCAGCUAUCGUUCGUCCAGCAUCAUUACAGGUUCCCAAUGUGCUGCUCACAAGUUCUGACUCAAGUGUAAUUAUUCAACAAGCAGUACCUUCACCAACCUCAAGUACUGUAAUCACCCAGGCACCAUCCUCUAACAGGCCAAUUGUUCCUGUACCAGGCCCAUUUCCUCUUCUCUUACAUCUUCCUAAUGGACAAACCAUGCCCGUUGCUAUUCCUGCAUCAAUUACAAGUUCUAAUGUGCAUGUUCCAGCUGCAGUCCCACUUGUUCGGCCAGUCACCAUGGUGCCUAGUGUUCCAGGAAUCCCAGGCCCUUCCUCUCCUCAACCAGUCCAGUCAGAAGCAAAAAUGGUUCUGCCACAUGAAGAGUUACCUCUCCUCAGUUUCACAUGUCCGUCUUCCUCCUCAUCUCGAUGGUGAAUCCUGCCACACCUGACUUUCCCAGAGUUCCUCGCUUUGUCCAAAAGUCCCACAUUACUAUUUUGCCUGUUGCUAUAGGCUAUAGGCUAUAGGCCAUAGACUUUAUAUUUUGACCAAUCGGAAGGUGCCUUAGGCAGGCAAGGAAAACAUAUCUUCACACAGUACAUAUAAACAUUAUUCCAGCACUAGAAAAGCAAUCAUGUUCUUUAUAUGGUGCCAAGAAUCAUUCCUAGAACGUCAUGCAUGUAAGGCAAACACUCUACAAACUGAGCUCCAUCCCAUCCAUUUAAAAAAUGUUUUUCUAUUAAUCUACAGCUUGAAUUUUUUGAGAUAAGUUCUCACCAGGCUGGCCUAAAAUGCAAGUUGACCUCAAACUUGAAGCAGUCUCUACCUUUGACACCAGACACUAGUGUGAGCUGCUCACUUUAUUUUUCAUAAAGCUAUAUUUAUAUUCUUUUAAGUUUUUCUUCUGUUCUCGCUUCUUACAGUAGAAGCCUAUGUCAUUUAUUGAAAAUGUUUUACUUUUUACUAUAGGCACUUAUAGCUAUACAUUUUCUUGUAUUCACCAAGUUUGAUUUACUACAUUUUCAUCAUGAUGAAUCUUCUAAUUUUCACUUUGAUUUCUUUGACAAGUGGAAAUAUAUUAUGUAAUUUUCAAAUAUUUGGGGACCUCCAACUUAAUUCUUACUGAUUCCUAUUCUGAUCAUGGUGUGAGAACUUCCCAUUUUGUUGUGAGAACUUCAGACAUUUGAUUUACAGCAAUUUCUGUCCUUUACUAUUUAUGUAACAAACAUUUUAUAGGUACUAAGACAUUCAUCUAGGAAGAUCAUAAAUUAUGAAAAUUUUUUUCUUGGAUAUAUUUCUGGUAAUAAUGAGACAGUCAAGAGGUCUGUCUUCUAGAAUGGAAUUUUGAUUUGUUUUCAAAACCCAGAGCAUUAGACUUAUAUUCUAUGAAUCAGAUAUUUGGAUUUUGUUGUUUUGUUAUAUUCAGGUAAGUAUUUGGUUGGUUGGUUGGUUGGUGGUUGGUUGAGACUGGGUUUUUCUGAGUACCUUUAGCUGUCCUGGAACUUGCUCUGUACAUCAGGCUGUCCUUGAACUCACAGACAUCUGCCUUUUGCCUCCUGAACACUGGGAUUAAAGGUGUGUGUUGCUACUACUUAGUGAUGACUUUUAUGCACAAAAAUUAUUGAGGGACUAAAAACAAUUUAUACUAAGAUACAGUAAAACAGUUUGCAUUAUUUUGAAAACAGUUCUAAAAGUUCUCAAAGUAACUUCCAAGCACAAUUAUGUCAUGACUGCAUUUUAAAAUGUAAUUAAUUUAAAACUUAGUGUACUUCUAUAAACUCAGUAUGUUUUACUUUAGUUAUCUGAGAAACUUUCCUAAGUUCUCUAAUUUCUGCUCAACAUAGCAAGGCUUGAUUUUUCUUAAAAAUCCUAGUAUCAUUUUAAAGCUUAAUUAAAAUUGUCUUAAUGCUGACAAUAAAAUAAUACAACUAAAUCGGUCUUAGGUCUAAACAUUUUAACCUGAAAUCCCACAGUAGCCAAAUGUGAAGCAAAGAAAGGAAAAAAAUUCAAGGAUAGCCUGGUUCUCAGUGAUACCAAAAAAGUAUAAUUUGCCUAUUUGAAAUUUCCGGGGUGUGUGUGUGUGUGUGUGUGUGUGUGUGUGUGUGUGUGUAUGUGUGUGUGUUUUAAGAUAUGGGUUCUCUGUGUAGCCUUGGCUGUCCUGGAAUUCAGCCUUGGCUUGUCUAAGCUGGCUUUCAAUUCAGAGAUCCUCCUGCCUCUGCCUCAAGAGUGCUGGGAUUAAAGGUGUGUGCCACCAAGCCCUUCUGAAAUUAACUUUUCAAGGACCACAGAGGCCAGUCAGGUGACUCAAGUGUUUGCCAUCAAAACUGAUAACCUGAGUUUGAUCCCUGAGACUUACCUAGGAGAAGGACAGAGCCAGCUCUGACCUCCACACAUCCAUAUGUACACACAAAGACAAUAAGUAAAUAAAUGUAAUAAUUUUUCUUAAAGCAUAAAUUUCAGUCUCCAGUUUAGUAAGCUUCUUGUCUUCUAGCAAACUAAAAAUGUGAUAUAGAAAUAAGUAGAGACUCACAAAUAUCUAUGUUUAUCUAGUACUUUUAAACACUGUAGAAGAAUCCUCAGAAUCUAUGAAUUUCUACAAAAUUAAACUAGGUCUCAUGAAAUUUAGGCUUAAGGGAUUUAUCACUAACUCCAUAAACCAUAAAUAAUUAUUUUUAUAUUACUCUUUUAAUAAAUGUAACUUUCCUGAAUGUUUAUAAUUUAAAAAGAAAAAAAAAACACUCCUUAGAGUAAGAUGUUAAUCACCUUCGAGUUCUGUUCAGGUUUUAUAAAGUGAGUUCUUCCACUGUGUUUUCUUUAAGACUUGUGUGACAAACCAAGAAAUAUCUUUGCACACAGUGGUUUUUCUGCAGGGGGUUUCUACUAAAAGCUGACAGAGGGCAUCUUGGCAAAUGUUCAGAAACCUACAUAAACUUAGCUGGGCCCUGCAUGGAACCUCAUGUUCAGCAGAAUUCUUCUGACCUGUCUCUGCAUGCAGAGCUAAUCAGCAAACACCUAAUGAGCCCACACUGAAGAAACAGACCCUCUCCCUACCGACUUCAUUUUCAUGUGUUCUCUAGGGGUAGGAAGACAAGACUUCAUGAGGACUGAUGAUACUGCAAAGACUACAAUAAUGAUAAUUAACUUGCUGAAUUUAGAAGAUUAUGCUGUUAAUUAGUUGCAAAAUAAAGAUAAGUAAUACAGCAGCAGAUGGUAGGAUAACACCCUAGAGGAGGAGGGUUAUCACUCUGAUGAGCUUCUAUGGCACUUGUGAAAUAUGGAUCUGACUUGUUCAUACAUUGUUCCGAGAGCACAUUAUCUUUUUUCUUUGAACUAUGAUGGAGUUUGUUCCUUUUGAAUUCUGACAGAUGUGAUAACAUUUAUUUUCAGGUGCUACAUAAACAUAGAACAUAAAUAACUUUUUUUUUAAAGCAGACACCUCUGAAUGAGUGUGUAAAAUAGGUGGGUCUGUGCAGCAAGCUAUUUGUCCUUUAAUUGGUCUAAUCUGUCUCUUAAGGAAAAAAACUUUUAAGUAUAGCAAUCGAAAUUUAUAUCAUGAAAAGUUAACUGUAAACACACAUUUGUUUGCUUCUUAAAAAUGUUUUAUUCUUUGAAACAGUGAAUACCUUUACCUUAAAAUUAAAACUAUACCCUGGUUUUAUUGCACAUAUUGGAGAUUAUAAGAAUUUUAAAUCUUAUUUAAGUGAUCAACCUUUAUUUCUUUAGAUACUCACUUUUUAUUUACUUAUAUUAAGCUUCUCUUUUGAGAGAAAUAGUGAUCUUAGUAUGUACUUAGCAGUAUGUGAAACUUAAUUGAUUGCAGAUAUACUUUGAAUACUUAAUACUAGGCUAAAAUUCUUUUUGCAAAGCUCUUGUUUAAAAUACUGAAUUGCCAGUCAAUGGAAUUUCUCCUUUUAUCUCUAUCCUAACUCAGUCAGUGAUUUUUUGAGAAGAAACUUCAGUCUUCAGGAAGUUUUUUCACUUUUAUUAUGAUGAUUAAUUUCUGUAUCUCUGCCCAUCCCAAAGGUCUGUUUGUAAAUCAAAUGUCCAUUAUAUUUAGAUUUGCAUUAAUUUUUUUAGCAAAGGUAUUUGGCCUUUAAAAUAUCAAAACAAUUGAAUAUGGGUAAAUUUUAGAUAUCUCUGUCAGUUGGUGUGAAAGUUUACUGACUACUUUCAUCACCUUGCUUAAUCUAUUUUUUUAAGCUUACAUGCACUUUUGUGUAAUUUUAAAAAUCGACAGUUGAGAGCAAUGUUAAUUAACCCUUAAAUCUCUUUUUUGUAUUCUAUACCCAAUGGCACACUUUAUAAGUCAGUCCCAUUGUAAUCAAUGUAACAGCAUGGAGCAAACAUUAGUGCUUCCUCACUGGAUGAGUACUGUAUACCCUAGGGCAGUCAGAGAGGAUAAUGAAUGAAUACUGAUGCUGCUGUAAAUGCUCAGAUGGCAGUAACUUGCCCUACUAAAGAUUAUUCAAGAGAGUGGUGUUUAUGUACUUCACACUCCCCUAUGUGUAGUUACUGUAUUUCAUUAAUUCUGAGUUAAGCUCUUCACUAUAAAACUUUAAAUGCUCUUAAAUUCUAUGAUGUUUUCUACCUAAGGACUUUAAAAAUGUUUUGCCAUUACAAAAUCUAGUAGUAAGCUCAACCUCUGAAUACAUUAUACAUUUUAUAUCCAGAAAUGAAGCUCCAGCAUAAAUUAGACUAUUUACUCAUAUUUAUGUUUUAAUGUCUAAUAUUCUGUUGCAAGGCAUAAAUCUGAAGAUUGACCAUCUCCCCAGAGUCUUCUCUGCUCUGUUUAUGUGAUGUAACCUACACUGCUGUUUUCCAGCUUUUAUCUUUCUGCCUUGUGUUCUUGAACAUUUUCCUAAGUGUUACUAAUUUGUAACACUUCUGUCCGUUACUAAUUUGGUUAGUUAUCUGCUUUGUUUUAAUCCAUCCACUUAGCAUUAUCCUGCCUGUUAUUAGUUUUAUUUUUGUGUAUUUGUUAUUAAUGUUAUUUCAGUUUGCUUAGAAGAGGGAGGGGACCAGUGAUCACAGCUAGAUUCAUGGUUUGGACAUUAUUUAUGUGCAGACUGUUAGGCCAGACCAGUGCUUCCGAUGAUCUCCAAGUACAUUGGAAAACAAACAUUUGUAUAAACUCAACUCUCCCAAUUCUUUGCCCCUAUGCUGAGAACCUGCAGACUUCUGUAGCUUUAUUUAUUUAUUAUUUAUUUAUUUAUAAGAAAUAAGGAAACCUGCUAAUGAGGUAGCUCAGUGGAUAAAGGCACCUAAUACUGAGCCUGACCACUUGAGUUUGAUGCCAAGGAUCCACUUACUAGAAAGAGAGAGCCAAUUCCCACAAGUGGUCUUCUGACCUUCAUCUGUGCUCCGAUGGUAUGGAUGUGCAUACACACAAAAUAAAUAAACAUAAUUUUAAUAAUAAAAGAAAUAAGGAAAUAAUAAUUUAAGAAAUCCAGUUGUAGGUCAGCUAAUUUUGCAUAUUAUAAUUAAUUUUUGCUUCAAUUCCUACAAGUAAAUUAUCACUAAUUUUCUAAUUGAAGAUAUUUAAGACUUAAAAGAUUGAUGAUUUGCAUAAGGUUGUAGUUUGAGGGAGUUAAAUAUAAAUUUGUGGUUUUGUUGUAUAAUACAUUAUUAUAUGUGCUGACCAAUGAAGAUGCUGGAACCUUGCAACAUUGUGCUUUUGACAUUCAUUAAAUCAGCCAGGAAAGAGAAAGAAACACACUUGAUCUGGGUGAUGUGGUUCAGCAGUUGGCAGUGUUAAUGCUUGUCAUUCUCAGUCCCCAAUGUUUUUAUUUGAAUAAUUAAACUAUGUAGUCUCAGGUGAUCUUUUCUGUUCUCUGUGUUUUCUAGUGAUACUGAGGACGGUAUAACAUGGUGUACUAGGUCUGUUGAGACCUAGUAAUUGAACUUAGUGGCUAUAUGACCUUGAGUCAAAUGAUGGUUAGUUAUCUAAUCUGUAAAAGUGGGACUGGUAUCCAACUAAAGAGGAAAUGCCUACUAAAAUACAUAUAUAAUGAUCUCAGGUGAAGUCUGGUGACAUUUUAUAUAUCUGUUAUUAUGGAUUAUGGUCCAUAUAUAACGAAGAAAUUGCUAAGUUUUGGAUCUUUGUAGAAUUUUAUAAGUUGUGUUAGUUGGAAAAAAUGAAAACAAUUCUUGAAUUAUUUAGGAACCUCUUUGAAAAGCUCUCCUUGAGCAUCUAUGCCUGGAUCCUCAGAGAGAGCACUGAGUAAUAGUUGCCAAUGAUCUGUUUAACAUUUAACAUCCUAUACAGUUAUAUUUACAUCUAGCAAGUUUGUAAAGCACUAGAUCAACUACAUGACUCUUACACACAGAUCCACAUGUAUAUAAAGAACUCUUUUUCUUCAAAUACAUGCAUUAAGUUUCUUAAGAAAAAUGUAGAAACUGAGGUGGGGCUCAGUGGUAGAAUGGACAUGUAGCAUUCAUAAAGCCCUGGAUUUAUUUUUUGGGGGGAGGAAGGGAGUGAGGGAUAGUAAAAAUAUCUCUGAUUCAGAUAUUUGAGGCUUAUCUAGAUUGCAGUUACUGAGAACAAUGUCAGCAAAAAUGGCUCCAAGUCUCUGAGGUCACCAUAUAUAUAUAAUCAUGUUUCUAUUAAUCAUUGAACUAGUUUGUUUUAAAGGAUACAGAUAACCCUUGCUUUAAAGAGCUUAUUAUCUGAUUAGUAGAUAAAAUGAUGGCAUGCAACUAUAGAAUAAACUUCAUUCAAAUUUCAUUCAUUCAUUCAUUCAUUGGUGGUGUGUAUGCUCGCGUGCGUGUGUGUGUGUGUGUGUGUGUGUGUGUGUGUGUGUGUGUGUGUGAAGCGAGGGAGGCCUUGAAAUUUAACUGUCUCUGACUCUCCCUAGUGAUCAAAGGCAUGUACUACCUAGCCUAGUUCACGUUGUAUCUUUAUAAAGAAUGUAUCAAUAAUACUGGAUUUGUCAUACUAUCAAUGUUCAUGAGGUCUAAUUCAGUUACUGGCAAAAUAAAGUAGAAGGAAAGAUUUUCCAGAGUUAGGGAGAUGACUUAGUGGUUAAGAACACUUGCUUCUCUUUUAGAGGACCUAGAUUGGUUUCCAUCAACCACAUGGCAGCUUACAACUAGCCUGUAACUCCAUUACAGGGGAUCCAAUGCCCUCUUCUGUCCUUCAUGAGUACUAGGCACACAACAUCAUGUACAUACAUACAGGCAUGUGUGCACACACACACACAUAAAUAAAUCCUAAAGGAUAGAGGGAGUGGUCUUCCUAGUAGAAAAGAGGAAGACCAUAGAUUUAAAUUUUUAAGUUCUUCAGUAUGACAGAUUCUAAU